AUGUAAAAAUAAUAGUUAAUAGAAAAUGACUAAAUAUCAUCUUUUAUAGAUAUUAUAGUAAACGAUUAUCUGAAGCAUUAUAAAUAUCAAAACCAGACUCCACAUUUAUUCUUAAUCAAGUUGGAUGGGACCAUAUAAAAAUUGGAGAUUUGUUUUUAAAAAGCAAUUCUAUUGAUUAAGUAUUGAUAAAUUUAGGGUUAUCACAUUAAAUUAAGAAUCAAUCCAAUGAACCUAUUUUAUGCUCUAUAUGUAUUACAAACAAAAUCAAUAUAUCAUUAUCAUGUAAUCAUUAAUUUUGCAAUGAUUGUUUAAAUAUGCAUAUUGAAGAAUAAUUAAAAUACACAUGCUUUCCAAGUUGCUUAUAUUUUUAAUGUAAUAAAAUUAUUCCAACUAUUUUCUAUUCACAUUUAGAACAAUUUAAAAAUUAAAUAAUAUCGAGUGUUCAAAAUAAUAAAAAGAAAUGUGGAAAUAAAAAAUGUCUUAAUUUGAUUGAAAAUUCAAAAUAAAAAUGGUUUAUAAGAUGUUAAUGUGGAUAUUUAAAUUGUACACUUUGUCAAAAUGGUGAUCAUAGACCUUUAUCUUGUGCUUAAGCAUAAAAAUAAUAUUAACAUUUUUCAGAUUUAACAGAAAUUAAAAAAUAUUUUUCUUAAAAUAACUAUGCUUAAUGCCCAAAAUGUUUAGUCUAAAUAAAAAAAACAUUUGGAUGUAAUGUAAUAAAAUGA